AUGUCUGCCCCUACGAGCGAAGGCUACAUCCCAUUCUCCGUUCCUGCCGCAGGAAAACCCUGCCAGACAUAUUACAAGAUUUAUGGCGACCUUAAAUCUGGUGUCACUCCCGUAAUCACUCUACAUGGCGGGCCGGGGGCACCCCACCACUAUAUGACGCCCUUCGUCGACCUCGUAUCAGGAUAUGGUAUCCCUGUCGUUUUCUACGAUCAGAUCGGUUGCGGUGGGUCAACACGACUUCCGGAGAAGAUGGGUGCUACCGAGUUCUGGACCGUCGGUCUAUUUGAGGACGAGUUUCGCAACUUGAUCAGCCAUUUGGGUAUAGAGGAGUACGACAUUUUGGGGCAUUCAUGGGGUGCGAUGCUGGCUAUGGCGAUGGCAAUCAAGCAGAUUAAGGGGCUCAGACGCAUGGUUCUGAUGUCUGGUGCCGCGUCGAUGAGUCUUUGGGAUAAAGCGACCAGGAUGCUGGUGAAGACAUUGCCGCAAGAAGCUCAAGACGCCCUCACGAUAAAUGAAGAAAACGGGACCUACGACACACCGGAAUAUAAGAAGGCCACUGGAGAGUUCAUGCAGAGGUUCGUAUGCAGGAUGGAAACGUGGCCGGAAGAGCUUGUACUAGCAUUUAAACUACUUGAGGAGGAGCCUGCGGCAUACUUCACCAUGCAAGGUCCCUCGGAGUUCACCCUCACCGGGAAUUUCAAGACCUUCGAACUCGUCUCAGAGCUGCACAAGAUCAAGAUACCAACUCUACUCUUAAACGGUGCUUACGAUGAGGCACAGGACAUGGUGUUGGAACCUGCGUUCAGGGAGAUACCAAAGGUGAAGUGGUUCACGUUCGCGAAGAGCGCACAUGUGGCACAAUGGGAGGAAAGAGAGAAGUGCAUGGAAAUAGUGGGGGCAUUUUUGUCGCAGUAG